AUGGGCAAAGAGAAUCCGGCGGAGAAAACCCUAAAUCUGAUUCGCGGGAGGCUCUGCGAUCCUACUUUCGUCUUCAGACCACUUUCCGGUUCUUCAGACAGCAACUACAGCAAAUUGAAGUUCAUUGUGUCGACCUCUAUCACGGAAGGAUGCAACAAUUCAAUCUUGCUUCUGGGUCCUCGUGGCUCUGGGAAAGCUGCUGUGUUGGAUCUCGUUGUUGGUGAUUUAAUGGAAGAGUAUCCAGAUUCAGUAACAGUAAUCAGAUUGAAUGGACUCCUGCAUAGUGAGGAUAUUUGUGCAUUUAAGGAAAUUGCUAGACAGUUGUGUAUGGAACAUCAUCUGCUCUUCUCCAAAAUGGCAUCAUUCGAUGAGAACUCGCAAUUUAUAAUAGCUAUGCUGCGGGAAUGUGGACUAGCACAUAAGACAAUCAUCUUUGUGCUUGAUGAAUUCGACAUGUUUGCACAGGGAAAGCAACGGUUACUGUACAGUUUGCUGGAUGCUAUGCAAUCUGUAACAUCACAAGCUGUUGUCGUCGGUAUUAGUUCUCGACUGGAUGCUGACCAACUCCUUGAGAAAAGGGUGAGAUCUCGCUUUUCACACAGGAAAAUUUUGUUUCUUCCUCCAUCUAGGGAAGAAAUUGACAGUUUAUUGGAACACCUGCUUUCUCUACCAGCUGACUCAAGCUUCCCCAGUGGAUAUGUUUCUCAGUUCAAUGAAAAGAUUAAGAAUAUAACAUCAGAUUCGAGAUUCAAAGACAUGCUGAAGACAUUUUUAAAUGCCAAUUCUACUGUCAACAGUUUGCUGAAGUUUAUAUUCCGCGCUGUUUCUUCAAUGAAUUUGGAAUCUGGCCUCCUCUCUCUUGAGAACUUCAAAACAGCACUUUCAAGUAUGCAAAGGCAACCAAAAUUGGAAGCCGUUAGAGCAGAUUGUUCCAUACUGGAGCUUUAUCUUUUAGUAUGCAUGAGGAGGUUAGAAGUGAAAGAGCAAAGCUCAUACAACUUCAUCAGUGUGAUGAAAGAGUAUAAGACGAUACACGAUUCUUUUCAGACCUCAGACUACUACGCACAAAAUGUCUGCCUACGUGCAUUCGAGCACCUGAGAGAACGAGAAGUUAUAUGCUACGCAGAGAAUAGAGGACAGUCUCAGGCAGGUGAAUACCGUCCCAUGAAGCUUUUAAUAUCAGCCUCUGAGCUUCAUCAAGGAAUGAGAUCUCAUGCGUGUUGCCCCGCCAUUCUUCUUAAGUUAUUGGACCAUUAG